AUGGUUCACGCGCAGAAGCUCCUGUUCUCCGCCCUUCUGGCUGCCGCGUCCAUCGUGGUCCCCGCUUCCGCCGCCGACCAGGUCCUCAACGUCACCUUCGCCGCAGACCUCACCUCGUCCACCGGUCUUGACAUCGCAAUCGGCGUUCUCAACCUUACUCUUGGUGGCAGGGUCCACAAGGCGGUCCCUUUCGAGAAGCCUUGCUUCUCCACUUAUGAGGGCAAGCGCAAUACCGGCAACUACACGGACCCUACCUGGCGUGUCAACAACUUCGGCGCAUAUAUGCUGCCUCAAUGGGAGACUUGUCAAUCCUCUACCUCCACAGAGGGCUGUCUCCUCGAUUCCGCGAACGCUUCCAACCCGCUCGCGAUCAAUGGUCACAACUGUCAACUCGGCAACAUUCCUCCGUAUUAUAUUCAGGUCGCAUCGCCCUUCGACGUGCAGACCGCGCUCGUGUUCUCGGCCGUUACUGGAAUGCGUCUGUCGGUCAAGAACAAGGGCCAUGACUACAAGGGUCGCUCAAGCGGCAAGGGCACGCUCUCGCUCUGGAUGACGGGCCUCCGUAAGAUGUCGCACGACGCAAAGUUCACACCGGAACUCUGCUAUGGGAAACAUUACGACGCCAUCACGGUCCAGACCGGCGCAUUCACCCAAGAUGUUCUCAAGUUCGCCGACAGCGUCAACCGGACCGUCAUCGCCGGCUAUCACCAGACGAUUGGAUUCUCCGGAGGUUACGUGCUCGGAGGUGGGCACAGUAUCUUGUCGAACAAGUACGGGCUCGCGGUUGAUCGCGUGGUUCAGUUCAAGGUCGUCACGCCUGACGGCAUUUACCGCACUGCAAACGAGUGUCAGAACAAAGACCUGUUCUUCGCGCUUCGCGGUGGAGGUGGUUCGGCGUUCGGUGUUGUCAUUGAGUCGUCGCACAAGGUCGAGCCCAGAUUCCCGAUCCAGGCUGCUGUUCUCAAGUUCACGCCAAAGGCGUCGACGGAUAUCGCUAACUGGUACGAGCUCAUGGUCAACGAGUCUUACCACUGGGCCGUCGAAGGUUGGGGUGGCCACAUUGUUGGGCCGACUUUGAUCCACGUGAACCCUGACCUCAACACCACCGAGGCUGUGGCCUCUAUGGCCAACGCUGCAGCGUUUGUGAACGCCCGUAACGGUUCAGUCGUCAUCAAGCAAUAUGAUUCGUACCUCGACUUCUUCAACACAGUGGUGCCCGCCGCUCAGGCCGCCGUCGGCCCCGAACUUGAGCUUGGGACGCGCUUGAUUCCAACGAAGUUCUUCAACACUACCGACGGUCGCGCCGCGCUCACGUCCGUCAUCAAGGAGACGCUGCCCUUCGCGUCUCCUUACAUCGUUGUCGGCACACCCUUCAACUUCCAGGCUACGCCCGGUGCGACAUCGAACGAGGGCGAUGUUUACGAGCCGAACCACGAGCAGUCGUACUGGGGCGACAACUACGCCAAGCUGCUCCAAGUCAAGCGCAAGUACGACUACGCCAACCUCAUUGACUGCUGGCAGUGUGUUGGAUGGAAGGGCCCGAGCGACCCUCUUUACCAGUGCCACGUCAAGUUGUAG